UAAUAUAUAAUAACGUAGUAGAUGUAUUUAUUUUUUGGUUAGAAUUCGAAGUUUAUUGCGCUUUUAAUUAAAUAAAAUGAAUUCAAUAUUUCUGAAAGCAGUAAGAAAUAUUAAAACUCUGCAAUAUUUUCCAACUAAUGUUGUACGAGCUUGUGGAGCUACCAAAAGUUUACACACAACAAACGUUCGAAAUGACUUAAUGGAAUUUUUUGAUAUAAAAAAGAACUGGAAUGAAACAAAUAUUCGAGUAGGCAGAGCGUGGAAGCUGGAUGAGUUAAGAAUAAAGUCUAACACAGAUUUGCACAAGUUGUGGUAUGUAUUGUUAAAAGAACGAAAUAUGCUGUUGACGAUGGAGCAAGAAUGCUACGAAAAAAUGAACCUGUUUCCAAAUCCCGAAAGAAUCGAUAAAGUAAAAGAAUCGAUGGACAACAUUGAAAAAGUUAUCCGCGAAAGAAACAUUGCCUACUAUCAAUUAGAAACAGGGGAAACUGGAGAGAGACCUGUCGAAGACGUAGUUAAUUUGGUAGGAUUGCAGGAGAAAUAUGAAAAGAAAGAGUACCAUAUUCCUAGGUUUAUGAAUACUCGCUGGGUACAGUCCUAUUUAGAUCAUGGGUUGUUUAACAGUAUGGCUAUUAAGAAGUUCUACAGGCUUUAUAGAGAAAAACAACACAACGAAGAAAGGAAAGCAAGGAACCGUGACAUGAAUCAUGUGAUACAGUUAAUCAAGAGAUUCCCUGACAUGGAUAUGGAAAAACUGAAAGCUGAGUACCCUAAUGUAGAUAUAGAAAAAGCAAAACGGUCAAGGAAAUCAAGAGGUCACUAUGUCCCCAAAUAUUAGAAAUAUAUACAAAGCUAUAGUUGUAUUAAUAAAUAAUUUAAUGUUA